UGUUGCAGACCUCAGCCAUGGUAAAGAGAAAAGGCAAUCUUGACGAUGAAGAGGAAGCCUUUGAACGUGGUCGUCCAGGCCGUUCUGAGGCAACCAGUGCCAGUGUGCCCAGCAAAGGACCGAAAGAAGCCAAGGUCAAAGAGCCCAAGGUGAAGAAACUGCGCAGCGAAGCGCUGGACGCGCCCGAAGGACCACCCGAAGGACCACCCCGGGAGCCUCGGGAGCCUCGGGAGCCUCGGGAGCUGCCGUAUCGUGAUGAGGAGACCUGUCGGAUAAAAAGACUGGGAACGGCAGAUCUACAAGAAGGCGCUCUGGUGAUGGCCGCGGUUCGUGAUGUCAACGAUGAGGAGCUGACUUUGAAUCUUCCCUACAAUAAUCUUGCGUUUGUUCAACGCAACGAAGCUUCAGAGAAGGUGCAGGCGCAGCACGCGCAGCACACGCAGCUGUCGCUUCCGGAGAGCUUUGCUCCUGGGCAGUUGGUGGUGGCGGUGAUCUUGACGGCGCAGCAAGUGGGACCCCAACGAGUGAGGCUUGAUGCUUCAUUGAGGCCCAGUUUGGUGAAUGCAGGUCUCACGGCCGAGCAGCUUCGACCCAACAUGUGGCUUUCAACAGCUGUGGUUGGAGAAGAAGAGCACGUCUUGAGGCUGAACUUUGGUGUUGAAAACGUCACUGGUAUCAUUAAGAAAACCGAAUAUGGUGAAGAGCCGGUGCCGAAGGUGGGAAGUAUUGUCAUGGUCUCAGUCCAAAAGGUGAACAGCCAGGCUGGCACGGUGAAAUGUUCUCUAGCGUCCUCUGAGCCCAUUGGCAACGACCCUUUGGACCACAGCUCACUGAAGCCCGGGAUGUUGGUUUCAGCUCGUGUGCGCUCAGUGGUUGAAGCCAAACCUCGACAAACUCCCGGUCUCCAAGUGAGAUUCUGUGGUCUUUCUGCAGUGAUUCACAAGCACCACGAUGGAGAAACUGAGGAAGUGGAGUGGACCAAGAACCAGAAGUUGGUCGCUCGAAUCCUGGCGCUUCUUCCAGAGACUACGCCGGUGAUACAGUUGACACUUCUUCCACAUUUAGUGGAGUGGGCACCACAGGAUUUGUCCCAAAAGGCUCAAAUUGGAGAGCUCCUGGUGGGAAACAUCAUGGACUUCCAACCGAAGUAUGGCUGCCGAGUGCAAAAACUGCAAGGUGUUGCCGCUGAAGCCGCUGACACCGACGGCGAAGGUGAUGUCUUGGGUUUUUGCUCCAUGUCGAGGCUGGCAGAUACGGACAAAGAUAUCGUGGCCACCUCAGUGAAGGCGGGAUUUCAGUCCCAAUACCGGGUCCUAUCCUACAACUUUUUGGACAAAAUGUUAAUUCUUACGCGAAAACCUGCAGAUUUGGAGGAUGGUGUGCUGGUCUCUGUAUCUGAACUGUCUCCGGGUCAAUUGGUGACUGGCAUCGUCACGAACGUCGCCGAUCACGGCAUCCGUGUGAAGUUGAGCGACUACGUCACGGGCUACGUGCACCUGCGGCAGCUGACGGAUGUGCCCUUGGCCUCGGUCCCCAAGCGCCUGCAGGUGGGUUCGAAGGUGAAAUGCCGUGUGCUCCAUGUGCAUCUGAAACGGCGGCAGCUGACCUUAACAGCCAAGAAGUCCUUGGUACAGAGCGAUUUCCAGUUGACCAAGACGGCGGAUGCCAAGGUCAACAUGUUACUGACAGGUUACAUCAGUAAGAUGAUUGAUGCUGGAGCCAUUGUCCAAUUCUAUGGGGGCGCACGAGGCUUGAUUCCCGUGAAAGAUUGGGAAGCUGAAGAGGCGCCUGCCGUUGGAAUGGCACAGACGUGUCGUGUUGUCUUUGUCGACAAGAAGGAGGACAGACUCCUUCUGUCACUGAAUCUGGAGAAGGGUUGCUCAGCUGCCGAGAUAGCAGAGGCAGAAGCUGUGAAGAAACCGCAGGCGAUGCAUGGCUCUGUGAUCAGCAAGCUGAAGGCAAUCCAUGCAGGUCCUGAUGGGAUCGUGGUGAAAUUCAAGACAGAUCAGGAACAGCUGGGCUACAUUCCGACGCUGCAUUUGUCAGAUGAUUUGGAGCUUGCCACGAAGAGAUAUCGAGAGAUUGCAGCAGAGCUACCCGUUGGAGAUCUCAGCCAGGCUGCUUCCAGUUCCAGCAGCCUCAAAUUGCCAGACUCUGCGGUGAUUUUGGCCCGCAGCCACAUUCCGGGCUUCACGAAGGAUGCCACUGAGAAACAGGCCUCCUUUGUGCUGUUGACCUUAAAACACUCCAUGCUCUUGGCAUGUGAAGCUGGUGCCUUCAUCGCGAAUGUGUCUGAUCUCCAAGAAGGUCGAUUCUAUUCGGGCUUCAUCAAAGAAGUCCGGGACUUCGGCGCCUUGGUUUGUGUUGGCAGUUGGAGAGUCACGGGCAUUGCCCACAUCUUCUCGCUGGCUCGACGCUUUGUUGAAAAGGCCAGUGACGUGAUUCAAGUGGGACAGUCUGUCCGGAUUCUGGUUUCCAAAGUCGAUAGUGAGAAAAAUCGUUUUGAGGCAGAUCUAAGACCCAGUGCUGUUUCAGAUAAAGAAUUUCUGAAGCGAGAAGCAGAAGCUUUGCGCCUCACUCUCCUUCAGAAGGAUUUCACCCAGAGCGUGCCCAAGAAACGGAGUUUCAUGCCCGGUAGCAUUCUGCAAGCUGAGAUCACGAAGAUUGAAAGUUAUGGCUUGGUGCUGUCGGUGAAGAAUGCGAAGAACCUCACAGCAGUUGCCUUGAAAGAAAACAUGCCUGAAAUGAAGCCGGAAGUCGGGGCUACGCAGAAGUGUGCCAUUUUAGAUUACAAUGCCGAAACAGGGAUUUUGGAUGUAUCUUUGCAUCCAGAACUGCUGGAGAAACAUGAUGAAGAACCAGAAGUUGGAACAGAACUUCAGGUGCUACCUGCACUUUCCAAGAAGUCCUACUGCAUUUGCUGGAGCCGGAAGCCAGCUGCAGUGGUCUUCGCACCGCCAUAUGCCCCGAGCACCUGGAAAUUUCCCGUGAAGACUGUUUUGCACAGUGCAGAUGCUGCGAAGGUCAUUCUUUGUCCUUUUCCUUCAAAGGAGAGAAACAAGAGCAACCAGGUGCCCCAGAUCAAACGACCUGAAGAAGAGCUUCAACCGGGCAGUCCAGUGAAGAUGAAGAUUAAAAGCCUUCGAGGUUUAGAGGUCUGUUGUGCAGCACCUGUAGGGUUACAAGGGCAUUUGCAUGCAACGCAGCUGGUGGAUUUGGGUGAACUCGGUGACGAUGGCGUGACUCCUUUGGACACCGUGGCGCGGAAAGGCACCUUAGAGGCCCGCAUUUUGCGCAUGAAACGAAGGGCGGGAGAAGACAAAAAGGCGAAGAUUUGGCACUUGGAGUUGACCUGUCGGCCUUCGUUGAUGGGAGCUUUGGGCCUGAAAGAUUCAUCGGAAUAUGAGUCGGCUUUGGUGAAGUGGCCCAUUUUGACGGAAGGGAUGAAAGUUGCAGCUGCUGUGCAGUCCAUUCAGAAGAGCCAUUUAUGGAUGGAGGUGGGUUCAGGGAUCAAGGGUCGGGUGGCCUUGCUCGAUUGCUCCACGGAUUUGGCUGCUCUGAAGUCUCCAGGUGAACAUUUCCAUGUGGGGCAAGUCUUCACAGCUCGAGUGCUUCGUGUGAAAAGUGCUCAAAAGGAGCUGGACCUGUCGCUACUUCCAACCAAACAGAGUCGCUCCAUUGCUCGAUUGAGCAAAAUCCAAGAUGGAGCUACUGCUGCCAUUCUGCAGUUGCCUGGAAAGCAGUGGGGUGCCGCACACGUCACCGAGCUCUUUGAUGUUUGGGCCAAGAACCCACAGCAACGCCUCAAAGUGGGCACCUACUAUGAAGUGGCCAUUCUGGACGGAGGUGAAGGAGGUGAAGGAGGUGAAGGUGAAGGAGGUGAAGCUCCUUCGAAACGGAUCGAGGUGAGUCUGCGACCUUCCCUUGUCCGAGGAGCCAAAAUCGCAGCAGACGAGCAACGACCGAGUUCAGCCAAAGAUCUGCAGCUGAAACAGAAAAUCUCCGGAUACGUCGUGACAGCAGGUCCACAGGGUGUUUUUGUAGCACUCAGCCGAAGCCUCACAGGACGAAUCAAGUUGAAGGCAUUGUCUGAGACUCACAUUCUGCCAGAGGCCGUGCCAAAGAUCCAUCCACCUGGUUCUCUUAUCACUGAUAUGACAGUGAUUUACAUCUCCGAAACUGGGAAAGUGGAAUUGUCUUUGCGUACUGAUGAUGGACUCACAGCUGAACAACUUUCUGUGGGCGACAUUGUCUCAGGUAGAGUGAAGAAAGUGGAGCCCUAUGGUUUAUUUGUUCGAUUGGACAAUUCCAGAACAGAUGCCUUCAUCCACAGGAGCGAGAUUUCCGAUUCAGCCUCCACCACUGUAGAUUCCUACAAAGUGGGGACCAAAAUUGCUCAGGCCAAGGUAUUGAAGAUUGAGGGUCAGAAGAUUGGACUCACCAUCAAACCUUCCAACUUUUCAGCUGAAGAUGUUGAGGAAGAUGGCUCAGACUCUGACGAUGUCCAAGAGCUCUUAGCUGCUGCCAGGGAAAAGAUGAAGGGCAAAAAGAGGAAAAAGGGAAAGACGGAUGAAACUCUGGAAGACGAAGAAGUCGAAACACCGGUGACGAAAGCUCCAAAAGUAAAGGCGAAGAAGAGAAAGCAGCCUGAGAAGGUUGAGGAAAACGCUGAUGAGUCAGAAGAGGAACCGUGGCAGCCCUUGCAGACGGGGUCCACCGCAGGGUUUGAAUUUGCAGACUUCAAGGUCGAUUCCGCAACUUCAUCAGAUGCUGGAGCAGAGAACGAGGAAGAUGAGGAUGAAGAAGAUGGCAAAAAGAAGCUUUCGAAAAGGCAGAAGAAAGCUAUUCGAAAGGAGGAGGAGAAGGAAUUGCGGAAGCGAGAGGAAGAGAAUGCAGAUGGUCAGUGGGCCGAUAACCCGAGAUCUGUCGAAGACUUCGAACGACUGUUGCUCACUCAAGGAGAUACUUCGAUUGUUUGGAUCCGCUACAUGGCCUUCCAUCUCAAAAUGAGUGAUUUGGAAAGAGCCCAGCAAGUCGCAGAGAGGGCUGUAAAGCACGUCGGCUUCUCGGACAGCAAGGAGCGCUUCAAUGUUUGGGUCGCCUACAUGAAUUUGGAGUGCACCUUUGGCACAGAGAAAACGGCUGAUGCGGUCUUUAGCCGAGCUUCAAGCCACAAUGAUGCGAAACAGGUCCAUAUGCAGCUGGCUCGAAUCCACGAGCGCAACAAGAAAACUCCCUUGGCGGUGAAGGCCUACGAGGCCUGCGCCCGGAAAUUCCCGGAGUCCAAAAAGGUGUGGAUCGCCUUCCUGAGCUUCCUCUAUCAGAACGCUGAUGCCGAGGGUGCUCGAAAGGUGCUUCCCAAGAGUUUGGCCGCUCUUCCACGGCGAAAGCAUCCAGUGGUGGUGUCCAAGGCCGCUAUCCUCGAGUACCAGAAUGGAUCUCCCGACAGAGGCCGAAGUAUCUUCGAAGGUCUUUUGGACAGCUACCCCAAGCGGACGGACCUCUGGGCUGUCUACUUUGACGCUCACGUGAAAGCCUUCACUCCGCCGCGCGUGGCGGAGCCCGACUUCAACGAGAUCCGGCCGCUGUUCCGACGAUGCGGCGCGAUGUCGCUCAAAGCGACAAAGAUGCGUUUCUUCUUCAAGCGAUGGUUGGACUUCGAGACCAAGUGGGGAGAUGAGCAAAGUCAGGAGGAGGUCCGCAGCAAGGCCCGGGAGUUCGUGGAGAGCCAGGGCUGAGAGUCACGUCACACGUCACAAUUUGUCACAAUUUGUCAAGGCAUGAC